UUUGCUAUAAAUGUAACACCAAGCGCGAGUGUUCCAAUCACACUUUUCCUCACAGAUCUGCACAUUCUGGUUGACUUUAUGUCGCAGCGGUGAAAUGGCUUUCAACGCCGGAUAUCUUAGCGUACCUAUCAACGGCCAGCCGAGCCACUUCAAGUUUGUCAGAUUUUUGGAUUUUGUUAAAAAUGUCAGUCUGAUUGAAGAAAUUAUCGACGAUCAAUCGUUGGGCGGAGAACCGGCGAGGGAAGGAAGGAAACUGGUGGUAAAGAAAGUGGAUAUUCAGCUGUCGGGAGAUGCCGCUGCCCGCUCGAAAGCCAUCAAAACGCUCAGAGAAUCCUGGAAGCGAAUGUGCCGCAUGCAGCACAGCAAUGUUCUGGAGUGCAUCUCCGCCACACUGGAGGAACCGGGUUUCUUUGAGACCAUGAUAAGAGGCACUCAGAUCAUGGAAUACAGCGAUAAGGGCGAUCUAAAGCAGCACUUGGAAUGGCAAAAAAAGACUGCGCUCUUCAGCAUGGACCAGGUAAAAAAUUACAGUAAUCAGAUACUGCAGGGACUCGAAUACCUGCAUUCCGCGUUCAACCUGAUCCACGGCGAUCUCAAGCCGCAGAAAAUUAUCGUCUUCCCGGAUCCCAGUCGGCCGUACGGUACGGUCCUGAAGAUCACGGCCCUGGAAGAUCAUGCCGUGCUGGAUGAUUCGCGGACUAAUACGCUGCAGAGCAGGACAAAUAUUGGCUGCGGUACAUUGCGCUACAUGUCACCGGAGCUGCUGCAGAUUGGUAGCGGCCGGGAGGAUAAUGUGGGCCAGCUGACGGAUAUCUGGAGUUUUGGCUGUAUUAUUUUGGUCCUGUUGAGCGGUGAGCAGUCGUUCCAGUAUGCCUACUGUGCCGACCGCAAUUUCACGGACCCUCUCGACCCGGCACUGCAGCGUACGGCGUUUGUGACCAUCGAUGAUCCGGAGAAGGACUUUCGAUACAGGAGCGGGGCGGCCAUGCCGUUGCUGCCAGUAAACCUUGCGGAUAAGGACUGUCGGGAUUUUUUGAAACACUGCCUGGCCAGUGAUCCACAGAAGCGCAGCCGGACAGCCAUGCUGCACGCACAUCCGUGGUUGAUUCAUGAACAUGAAAAUUACCUCAUGGGAAGAGGCUUAACGGACACCUGCAAAAUUUUCCUCCAACGUGAGCCAAGCUGGCCGGAAGCCAUGGAUGAAUGUCCUCCCAAAGAACAAAACUGGGUUCGUGGACUACACAGUGGCGGUGCCAUUCUGACGCAUUCGCUACGUGCACUAUGCCAGUACCCGGUUUACGAGGACGCCAGGCAAACCCUGCUCGACGAAUUGCGAAGUCAACCGUUUAGUGAGAAACAAAAAGAAAUGUGUGUCAACCAUUUGGCAGCUAUCAUCGUUACCUUAAAACCCGUCGAACAAGAGACAGCCAGACAAAUUAUGGGCUUUCUUGCCAAAAAUAAGGAGGGUUGUGCGACAAUACGGCCACUGUUUCCGGUGUAUCUGUCUCUUCCCGUGUUGUGCAAUUUCCUCAAUAACUUCUCUGCGGGACUGUAUGGCGCAUUGAUUGACCCGAACUCGGUUACUCAGUACUCGUACAGCGUCAAGUCAAAUCUGGAGUGGAAGGACUUGGAGAGCGCUCUGGACAAGAUGCAUCCUGUUAUCUGCCAGAUCGCUGACAACGAGAUCGGUCAAGACAGAACACUGGUGAGCGUUGCCAGAAUGCUGUCACUGGAUCAUCUCUGCCCGCUCAAGCUCAUUGAGCUGGACUUCGUUGUUCUGACUGGCUACUCGAAGACAAUGAGUGGAGAUACGUAUGUCUCGUACACCAAGGUGGAAGGCGAUACCAUGGAGAUGAAUGUAAAGGAUUUUGAGGCGGUCUGGAACUGGCAUGCGAGUGAUCCGUUGCUAAGACAGUAUCUGACGCUGGAGGAUGUCCGACCUGCAUCCGCAAUCUUUCGAUCAGUUAUUUAAACAAUGAAGCUUAUGUGCUGGUUUUUUGCCGUCAGUUUUUGGAUUAAAUUUUGUUUCCUGCCGAUGUAUGAACAUGUAUUGUAUAGUACUGGGAUGGACAUGCACUAAUCAUGCACCUCUCGGAUAGUUUACAAGUACAUGGCAUUUCAUAAAAUGGGUGCAUGCUAUUAUAAGUACUUCAACAAAUGAUUUUCGUGAGUACAGCUGAACCACUCCAUUAAAACUACCA